AUGCCCGCCAAAGUACUGAAGAACAUCGAAGGCUGCAAAGCCUUUCCGUCCGAUCAGUCCCAGAUCCCAGACGGAAAGUACUUGAUUGCCAGCGAUGAGGAGCGCAGCGUGGAAGCUGUCGAUGCCGACAUCAAAGCCGAGAUAUGGUUCAAAACUCCAGCUCUCGAUAUCGGAACCAUUCGCAAGAUCGAUCGUCUCCAGCUGCUAGCUGACUCGCACGACCAGGGCUACGCUGACAUCACCUCUGGUGGCAACUGGACGUGGUUUGAGCUCGCGAUUCUGGAAGAUGAAUCGGCCUAUAAGCCGCGCGUUAAGGAUGGGGUGGACCUCGUGUGGAAGAGCCACGACAACCGCUUCCUCGAGGAGGAAUUUGGCUGGUCUCAAGGAAAGGUGUUCGACGAGCAACACGACUUGCUACGUUUGGUCGAGGAUGGCAAUGUCAUUGCGGUCCGCCUCUGUGCGCGCUUCUCCGGCUGGUCCAUUUCAGCGCGAAAGGGCUACCUCACGAUCGAGAUUGACACGGAUGAGAUCGAGCGCGACCCUCCGCCUGCCUACGGCGACAUCGUGUCCAAGGUUGAGAACAUCCAGGCGGUCUUCAGGGAAGUGAACAACUCCAUACAGGCCGGCUUCAUGCCGACCCUGCCCGAUGGGCUGCACACGGCGCAACUUCUUAGCACCGGAGCCGAACGGCCCCUACGGGUGCUCUCGCUCGAUGGCGGUGGCGUCCGUGGUCUAUCUUCUCUGCACCUCCUCAAUGCCGUCAUGAAGAAAGCCGCGCCAGACAAGAAGCCCUGCGAGGUGUUUGACAUGAUUGGCGGGACCAGCACAGGCGGGUACAUUGCCAUCAUUCUCGGGCGCCUCAAGAUGAGUGUCGAUGAGUGUAUCAAGAAGUACGAAGACUUCAUGGUCAAGAUCUUCAACAAAGGCACGCUCAAGAAAGGCCUUGACUUCAUCAGCAAUGGAGAGUUUUACGACGAGACGGUGUUGGAGGGCCUGAUCAAGCAGCUCAUCAAGGAGAAGACGGGCGACGAAAACACGGAGCUCCUCGAAGCCGCCGGCAACCCCGCGUGCAAAGUAUUCUGCAUGGCCGUGUCCCAGCAGGCCGGCAACAAUCGCGGGCCCAUCUUCCUCCGCUCGUACCAGAACAAGCAGGAGAUGUCCCUCAUUCCUGACAUCAAGAUCUGGCAGGCUGCGCGUGCGACGUCUGCUGCGCCAGCAUACUUCGCCCCCAUCACGGUCGGGAAUUACACCCUCGUUGAUGGAGGCAUGGGGGCGAACAACCCCCUGGGAUGGCUUUGGACAGAGGUUCUGGCCGUCUUUGGGCCCGCGCGGCCUACCUCGUGCUUCCUCUCCAUCGGCACAGGCAUGGCCGCGAACCAAUCCAUCCCUUCGCCUGGCGCUGUUCCGAGCCACACUGUCGAAGCCGCCUUCGCCGCCGUUGCAACCAAUACUGAACUGACCAACAUCCUCUUCCGCGCCCUCGUGAACGCCUUUGCCCCGCGGCCGAUGGAGAAGAAGUACUGGCGCCUCAACGUGAGCCAGGAGAUCCCUGCCUGGGAUGAGGAGAAACGAACUUGGUUUGGGCUUGGCGGCACAUACGUUGUGCAUCAUCCCCAAGACUACAAAGAUGUGGGCGCGCUUGACGAUGUGGGAGCUCUCAAAGCGCUCAUCGAGAUGACCGGGAAGUAUAUUGGGGAUCAAGAUGCCAUCAUUGGCGAGUGUGCCAAAGCAUUAAUGGCAGCAGUGGCCUAA